AUGGCUACUCUACCGCCUGUUGGCCUGCCCACAGGGACCGAGAAGCACAAAUACAUCCAAGAACUCGUGAAUGACCUUACCGAAGACCUCAAAGAAGAGCUCUAUCUUCCAGAUGACCGCGCUGCGGCUUUGGAUCAACUAAAAGUUCUCACUAGAGAUCCUACUAAUGCCGAUCCCCUCUACACAGAAGAGGCUAUUUCUGUACUUCUUCGACACGCCUAUGACAAGCCAUCUACCAAGAGUGCCGAUGCCGCUCGACGAGUUUUGGCCAAUGCCAUGGUCUUGAAACCUAUCACUCGGGAGAUAUUCGUCAACAAGGGUUUUGCGCCCAACGCCUGUCAGGGGCUCAAUGGUGGAAGUUUUGACGACGAGUUUCUCAACUCUCGAAUCUUAUUCUUAUCAACUUACGGCACCAAGAUUGAUCUGAAGAAGCUCAUCGAUGAUGAGAAAUUGGCGGAUCGCAUCUCCGAGAACCUGGCUCGACAUGCCAAGGGCUCAGACUCUGGCAAGGCAAAGAGUGAUCCAAUGCAAGAUAUGGCGCUUGUUGAAACUGCGAAACUCUUGUUCAAUGUCACACAUUUCUGUCCUGACAAAGCGUCUUCCUUCAACUCAGCGAUACCGCACCUGAUAACUCUGCUUCUCAAGCAAGAUAUUUCACAAACGAAGCCGCUCGAUCCACCAGUUGGGUUCAUUGUCAAUGCACUUGCCAACCUUGAAGUCGGAUCGUCAGAUUGCCGAACAUCCAUCCACCCUGAGGACGACCCAGAAAAGCUAGUGUCUCGACUGGUCAGUGUCCUAGAUAGUGCGUUGAAGAAUGUUGCGGAUAACCAAUUGGAUGCUACUGUAACGCCGCUCGUUGGUGUCAUAAAGACCAUAUACGAGCAUGCGCCUGACUCCAGCAAGAAAUACAUCCGCGAAAAGCUUUUGCCUACUGAGAAGGACCGAAGCGAAGUGCUGGGCAAGGGAGAUACAUUGUCUGCCAAGCUACUUCAAAACUUCAACAAUCCUUUGGCCCCAUCCAUUGGAACGGUUAUCCAGCACCUCCUUUACGACCUCUCAGACAAUGACCCCAACAAGUUUGUUGAAAAUGUUGGCUACGGUUUUGCAUCGGGCUUCCUCUUCCAGAACAAUAUCCCAGUUCCUCCUUCAGCUUCGGAACCUGGUACACAGAAGCCGGUCAACCCCGUUACUGGUCAGCACGUUGAUGCCGAGAAGCCCGUUGAUGAGCCUGAAAUGACAGAGGAAGAGAAGGAACGAGAGGCUGAAAGACUCUUUGUGUUGUUUGAACGAUUGAAACAGACAGGCGUUGUUGAUAUUCAGAAUCCGGUAGAAGCAGCCAUGAGAGAAGGCCGUUACAGGGAGCUCAAAGACGAUGAAGUGGAAGAGAUUGAAUAA